AUGGAGUUUGGGAAGUCAUUCACCUUGUGCCAGCUGGAAGCUUGGUCAGUUGAGUAUAAGGUUAGGAGAGGUGCCACGUGGACUCUUAAGGUGGAGGAAAUUGAUGAAAAUGAUGACAGUUGUGGGCUGUGUGGUGAUGGUGACCAUGAGGAAUGUCGUGGAGAAACCGGAUUAGAAAGAGACUUAACGUGGUUCUGUGGGGAAAGUUGCAAGGAGGUUUAUUUCGAGCUUCAUUCACGGAUUGGAAUUAUGAAUUCCAUUUUUGAUGGUUUCUCGAGUGUUUUCUUUAGAUCCAAGAAUAGAUCAGAAUUUGCACGUCUGAACUAUGAGGGGUUCUAUACAGUGAUUUUGGAGAAAAAUGACGUAAUACUUUGUGAAGCAUCAUUAAGGAUUUAUGGGGUAAAUGUUGCGGAGACGCCUUAA